CAUACACUCAAGCCCACCCGACCCAGGGUUUCUUCUUUGAGUUCUUUCGAUAGCCUCCUCAAGUCCUCCCCCCAGCGAAACCAUGGUUUUGCGUUGCUUCAUGCUUGCCUCUCUCAUUCCUCUGAAUCUCUGAUUAACUCGAAGUGCUUCAACUGAAUGCAUGGUUCAAAUGCUCAACCUGGAUCCCAAUAUUUAGUGAUGUUGAUGAGAACAAAUGGUCGAGUCCAUUGUUAGAGUAGCUGAAAUCUACUGCUUUCCAAGGGAUUUGAAGGAAAAGAGGGUAGCAGCCACCAUGAUCGGAGGCGCUCGUGUUCGGCUGAACCGGUGGCAGCAGGCGGCGGUGGCGGUUGGUUCGGCGGUGGGAGCAUUGCUGGACCCAAGAAGAGCUGACCUGAUAGCAGCUCUGGGGGAGACAACUGGGAAGCCGGCAUUCGAAAGAGUUGUUCAGAGAAUGAAGAGUAGCCCUGAAGGCAGAGCCAUACUGUUGGAGCAACCCCGUGUAAUAUCUGCAAAUGUGGGUCAUGCAUGGGAUCUUCCGCCGAAUACAUUUGGUGCUGCCUAUGCGAAGUUCAUGGGAUCUAGGAACUUCUCUCCAGAUGAUCGACCACCAGUGCGUUUCAUGGAAACAGAUGAACUUGCAUAUGUAGCCAUGAGGGCUCGUGAGGUGCACGACUUCUGGCACACCUUGUUUGACCUUCCAACAAACUUGAUGGGUGAGUCAGCACUCAAAGUAAUAGAGUUUCAGCAAAUGUACCUUCCCAUGUGCUUGAUGUCCGUUAUAGGAGGCUCUGUGAGGUUCAAUGAGAAGCAAAGAAAAUUGUUCUUCCAGCACUACUUUCCUUGGGCCAUUCGAGCUGGUAUGCAGUCAACAGAUCUCAUGUGUAUUUAUUAUGAGAAACACUUUCAUGAGGAUUUGGAGGAUGUUCGGAGAAAGUGGGGUAUAACUCCUGCUCCUGCUGCACCUAAACAAACCCAAGCAGCAGCAGCUUCACCUGGUCUAGUGGAGAAGCCAUAAAUUUGUAUGAACAUUGACACUGAUCAUAUUGGAAUGUUUCCAUAAGUUCAUUCUCAUGAGCUAGAAUGCCAGAUUCAUAUUACUUGUAUAUUACACCAUCAUCCUUGCUAGCAACUUCAAUAUUUUCAGGGUUAAGAUUACCCCUCACUGGAGGAACCAAUUUGCUUAAUUGUAAUGUUUCUGAACCUUGAUCGCAUCAAAAGUGUUUCCACAAUUACAUCAGAAUCUGAUUUAGUCUUGUACGUAGUGUUACCCUUUCUUC